AUGCAAUUGCAAUCAGGCAGUACACUCUACAAUACCAGUUAUGCCAUCCGAACUCCAACCUUUGACGGCCCUAUUACCGACGUGACAACUCAAUAUGUAGCCUGCAAUGGUGGUCCUAACCCCACCACCCCCUCCUCAAACAUAAUCCCCGUCGUCGCUGGUAGCACCAUCAAAGCCACCUGGCGACACACCCUAACUAGCACCCCCUCUAACGACGCAACCUACAUUGUCGAUCCCUCUCAUCUCGGUCCCGUUAUGGCCUACAUGAAAAAAGUAACCGACGCCACCACCGACGUUGGCUACGGAUCCGGCUGGUUCAAAAUCUCCGAGCAAGGCCUAAACGUCGCGACGCAAAAAUGGGCAACAACGGAUUUGAUCAAUAACGCCGGGGUGCAAUCGAUUACUAUCCCCAGCUGUAUAGCCAAUGGACAAUAUCUUCUCCGCGCAGAACUCAUCGCUUUACACGCAGCAGCAGGAACACAAGGUGCCCAACUCUACAUGGAAUGUGGACAAAUCAAUGUUUCCGGAGGCACCGGCACCUCAUCUCCAUCCACAGUAUCCUUUCCCGGCGCAUAUGGACAAUCGGAUCCAGGUAUUCUUAUCAAUAUCUAUACAACGCUCACAACAUAUACGAUUCCAGGCCCAACACCGUUUGUAUGUGGAGCGGCGCAGAGUACGGGUACUAGUUCGAAAGCUACAUCGACAAGUUUGAGCACGAGCACGAAGACGAGUAGUGGUGCGGUGGCGACGGGGACGGGUGUUGCGGGGGUUUAUGCUCAGUGUGGGGGGCAAGGGUGGACGGGGGCUACGGUUUGUGCAGGGGGGAGUACGUGUAUUGUUAGUAGUGUUUAUUAUAGUCAAUGUUUACCAUCGUGA